ACCAGGCCUGAUGGAAUGAAAGACGUCGAGGAAUCGGCUCGUGGCUUGAUGAACAAGAAGAUGAAGGGUAAACAGCAAACGACCUCGAUCGACCUGGUUGACAUAGUGAAGAAUUCGGGGAGAAUACAAGCUCUGGCUCGCGGUUGCUGCGGGCGGGACGAACUUCUCAGAGUUGAUGGUAACGGGGGUCAGAAGACCACCACCUGCAAGGAGCAGAAGGAGGCGUUCAUAUUCGGAAGUUGGAAGCGUCGACAUAAGCGAAGACCAGCCGCGACCGCCACCGUCAGGCCAGUGUCGAUCAGUGAUGAGAAUUUCGAAAGGAACAACAACAACUCUAGACAGGAUGAUACAAAACGAGGAAUCCCCGCCUCUCAGAGAAGUUCUACCUACUACCCCUCCUCUUACACGACGACCAGCGUCACGUCCUUCGGUCUCGAAUGUCGCAUUGACGCCAACGUCCCUUGCGAGGAGGAAUUCUGGUGUCCGAGAUGCAGUCAGAGGAUGCAAGAACCCCGGCUCCUCCCUUGCCUCCAUCCGAUCUGUACUCCGUGCGUCGACCAGUUGAUGAGCCAAGGAAUCUCGACCUCCGGUUUUCGCGAGGGGUGCCCAAUUUGCGAGACUCCGCUACCCUGCUUUGCUGGCUCGGCUAACGCCUUACCUCCACCGCAUUAUCCUCUUCAGCAUCGUCUUGUCAUGGACGCUGUUAGAAGGCGGCUUGCCCAUCAGGUUCUCUGCUGCGAUACCUGCCCUGAGGAGGUUCAGGCCUCAGUCCACUGUCCAGCAUGUCUGCGAAACUUUUGUUCGGACUGUGGGACGGAGCAUCAGGAGCAGGAAGUGAGAGCUUACAAGGUGCACGAAGUGCGACCGCUUUGGGAGGCGCGACGAGUUCGUCGAACAGCGUUGUGUUUGGCACACCCGACACACGCCCUUCGCUUCCACUGCAUCGCCUGUCAGCAGGUGACAUGCAGGGAGUGCAUGUGGCGCGGAGCUCAUCGAGGACAUGCCAGCGAGGGUGCGUCUGGAGCCGGAAGAAGGGCUGCCGCCCUCAUCACCGCUGCUCUUCAGCGUGCCAGAACCCUCCUCAACUCCCUUCUUGUCGAAUACAACAGUCAGUUAUUUUCUCCCACGACCCUCGAUCGAAGGCACAGUCUAUACAACACCGAGAGCGAAAGGUACUCGGACACCUUGCCACGAACUCAUCACUCCAGAAGUCGUUCGACGUUGUCAUCACACACAAAGGAGGCCAAGGCGCGUAUGCAGGAAUUCGCGCGACUUCAGAGAGCUCGAUAUCUCCUGGACGCGAUAUCGCUAUCCGAGGAACUUCUAGCUGACGGCGCAGACGUCGAGAUCCUCAGCCUCAGUGGUAUCAUUUUGAAACGGCUCAAAAACCUCGGUGUGAAGCCUCUUCAGACAGAAAAAUCACGGAACGAGGACUCCAACGAAUCUUGCAGUGAAUCCCAGGAUGACAAUGGGCUGAGAAUUUCGCAUCCAGGCGUUUACCAUUGCUGCACAUUUUGCUCCAGCGGUGGAAGGAAAGAGGCUGUCUGCGCCUGCAGUGGAACGAUGCCAGGAGGAUACAGAGGCUGCGGUCACGGACACGUGGGACAUCCUGGCGUCAGCCACUGGUCAUGCUGCGGUUCGAUUCAUCGACACGGUGAAUGUCUUUCGCCAAGAAAAUGCGUAUAUCAAAUAAUACUUUAACUUUGCAGAGUUAGAGUGUGUAAGAGCGAAAAUAUAUCGUUUAAUAAUAUAUUCUAAAAUAACAACUGAUUUUAUUAUCGUUAUUAAAUUAUUUUAAAUUGACAACAUAUUCCUCGACAUUCUAUAAAUUUGAGUUCGUAGACGUAUACAUAUAAUAUAUGUAUUUUAUAUUUUUAGGUAUUUUUGAGUGGGUGUGUAUAGUAAUAUCCUCUACCACCAUUACUACUACUAUCAUAAGCGUUAGAAUAAUGUAAUCACACAUAUAUAAUAUAACUGAAAUAAUUAUCGGCUAU